GGAAGACGAAGCUUAUCUUUUAUCGCAGUAAUAAAUCAACAAACUCCGGCCGGCCUGGGGCGUCCUGAUAACACACUCACGCAGUUCAUCUCACCUACUCUUUACCUUUGACUUCCGGGCCGUCUUUUUUUUUUUUUGUCUGGUUCAAUUUCUCCGACGGAAAAGCGAGGAUGGCUACGGAUGUGGCAGCAGCGGUGGAGCACGCCGGAGUGGUCGGCGCCGGUGGGUGCUGCAAGAGAGGUCCGGGGUAUGCCAGUCCUAUGGAAGCCAUGAAAGGUCCUGAGGAGUCCCUUAUUUAUGUCACCUGCGUCUAUUCAGGAACAGGAAGGGAGAAGCCAGAUUACUUGGCUACUGUUGAUGUUGAUAGUAAUUCGCCAACAUAUUCUAAAGUGAUCCACAGGCUACCAAUGCCUUAUAUAGGUGAUGAACUACAUCAUUCUGGAUGGAAUUCCUGCAGCUCUUGCUUUGGUGACCCAACUGCUUCUCGUCGAUAUCUUGUCUUGCCUUCACUCAUAUCCGGGCGCAUAUAUGCAAUUGACACAUUAAAGGAUCCAAAAGCUCCCAGUGUACAUAAAGUUGUAGAGCCAGAUGAGAUUGUAAAGAAGACUGGUUUAGCCUAUCCACAUACUGCUCACUGCCUUGCUUCCGGUGACAUCAUGCUGUCAUGCCUUGGUGAUAAAGAUGGAAAUGCUGAGGGGAAUGGAUUUCUUCUGCUUGAUUCCAAUUUCAAUGUGAAAGGAAGGUGGGAAAAGCCAGGGCACAGUCCACUGUAUGGGUAUGAUUUUUGGUACCAGCCGCGGCACAAGACAAUGAUUAGCUCAUCUUGGGGAGCUCCCAGGGCCUUCACCAAAGGCUUUGAUCCUCAGCAUGUUUCUGAUGGGCUCUAUGGUCGCCAUUUGCAUGUCUAUAGUUGGCCUGAUGGUGAACUGAAACAGACACUUGAUCUCGGCAAUACUGGGCUUCUACCCUUGGAGAUAAGAUUCCUCCAUGAUCCAUCCGAAGCAACUGGGUUCGUGGGGUGUGCAUUGACUAGCAACAUGGUGCGUUUUUUUAAGAAUCCAGACGAUUCUUGGAGCCAUGAGGUAGCAGAGUCAGUAAAAUCAUUGAAGGUGCAAAAUUGGAUUCUUCCUGAAAUGCCCGGACUGAUCACUGAUUUUCUGAUCUCUCUGGAUGACCGUUUUCUUUACUUGGCCAAUUGGCUGCAUGGUGACAUUAGGCAGUAUAACAUUGAAGAACCAGCAAAGCCAAAGCUGGCGGGGCAAGUCUGGGUGGGUGGGUUGAUUAGAAAAGGAAGCGCUGUAGUCGCAGAAGCGGAAGAUGGUACAACCUUCCAGGUUGAUGUCCCAGAUGUUCAGGGAAACAAGUUGAGGGGAGGACCGCAGAUGAUACAGUUGAGUCUUGAUGGGAAAAGGCUAUACGCGACUAACUCGCUGUACAGCACAUGGGACAAGCAAUUCUAUCCAGAGCUCGU